AUGACUGCUGCUACGUCGCUUAAACACUCCGCGAAGCGCGUCGCCAUUGUCACAGGUAGUGCCCGCGGCAUAGGAAAGAGCAUUGCUCUGCGUCUGGCGCGCGACGGACACGAUGUCGCCGUCGCGGACAUACCCGGGAGCUCAGUGGCCGAAGUCGCUCAAGAGAUCGCCGCGCUAGGAAGAAGGUCCAUGAUACACCACCUUGAUGUCUCGCAGGAACAUCAGGUCAGGGAGUUGGUGGAUAACGUCGGGGACAGGCUGGGCAGCGUCGAUGUGAUGGUGGCGAAUGCUGGAAUUGCGCACAUAGGGUCCGUGUUGAACACGGCUCUCGAGGAUUACGAGCGAGUCAUGAACACCAAUGCGAAAGGUGUCUUCCUUUGCUACAAAUACGCAGGGUUGAAGAUGGUACAGCAAGGACACGGAGGGCGCAUCAUUGGUGCAUCUUCCCUCCUAGGCAAGACUGGCGAUAAGGAUUGGUUCGCCUACACCGCGAGCAAGUAUGCGGUUCGCGGUAUGACACAGGCUGCGGCCCUCGAGCUAGCUCCGCAUGGCAUCACCGUCAAUGCUUACGCGCCUGGGUCCAUAGACACGAGAAUGUUCCAGGAUACCGCCUCUCGUACUCCGGACGCGGCUUUCAUGAACCUGCCCGUCGGACGACUCGGUUCAGCCGACGAGGUGGCCGCCUACGUUUCAUGGCUCACAUCGGAGCACUCGGGCUUUGUUACUGGUAUGCAUCUGGCCAUCCUCCCGCUCUGA